UGUUCGGUCUCUGAUGAAGGGUACGGCGCUGGCCAACGUGCCCAAACACAUAGAUCAUUUCUCCAAAUUCUCCCCUUCUCCUCUUUCAGUGAAGCAGUUCUUGGACUUUGGUUCGACCAAUGCCUGUGAGCGCACGUCCUUUGUCUUCCUUCGUCAGGAACUUCCUGUCCGUUUGUCCAACAUCAUGAAGGAGAUCAACCUGCUGCCAGACCGACUGCUGGCCAUGCCCUACAUCCAGCUGGUCCAGACCUGGAGUACAAAGCAUCCUCAAAACACGUACAUCCAGAGCCUGAUGGAGAUCCUUGAGUUUCUGGACAAGAACCCUGAUGACCAGAGAGUCCUCGAGACCUUUUUGGAGGUCUUGGAGGCCAUCAGGAACCGGCACAAUGAAGUGGUCCCCACCAUGGCUCAGGGAGUCAUCGAGUACAAAGAUGCAUUUGGUCAGCAGGACGCCGUUACUGACCACAACAUCCAGUACUUCCUGGAUCGCUUCUACACCAGCCUCAUUUCCAUCCGCAUGCUCAUCAACCAGCACACUUUGGUCUUCAACGGCAACACAAACCCCGCCCACCCCAACACCAUUGGCUGCAUUGACUCCAUGUGUGAUGUAACAGAGGUUGCACGAGAUGCCUAUGAAAGUGCUAAGUUGCUGUGUGAGCAGUAUUACCUGGGAGCACCAGAGCUGGAGUUAAGGCAGAUGAACGCCAACAGCAUCAGAGAGCCCAUCCAGAUUUCAUACAUCCCAUCUCACCUUUACCACAUGCUCUUUGAACUCUUCAAGAAUUCCAUGAGAGCAACCAUUGAGAACUCUGAGGCCAGCAUGACCCUCCCACCUAUCAAAGUUAUGGUCUCCCUUGGUGGAGAGGACCUGUCAAUCAAGAUGAGUGACAGUGGAGGUGGCGUUCCCUUCAGGAAGACAGAGCAUCUGUUCAGCUACAUGUACUCCACAGCGCCCAGACCCUCUAUAGGAGACAAACACAGAGCCCCACUGGCUGGGUUUGGCUAUGGUCUGCCCAUCUCUCGGCUCUAUGCUCGCUACUUCCAGGGAGACUUACAGCUCUACUCCAUGGAGGGUUAUGGCACUGACACUGUCAUUCAUCUGAGGGCGUUGUCUACGGACUCUGUGGAGAGGCUGCCAGUUUUUAACAAGACUGCUCUGCGUCACUACAAGCUGAGUUUGGAGGCAGAUGAUUGGUGCAUUCCCUCAAAGGAGCCAUUGGACCUGGCUGUCUACCGUGCUGCCAAGUGAUUCAGUAAUGACCCGAUAUGACUUUUGACAAGUAUUUACAAGCUGACCAUAAAAAUCCCCUUUAAAGGCAGGGCAUUGUUGGACCAAAAUUAUUAGCCUGGCAGUGAAUGCGGGCUGAAGUAAUCAAAAGUUAAUCUUUCAGAUGAAGGAGAAUGCUCAGCAUUGACGUCCUAAUUGUCUAGGAAUUCUGUAGAUUUGAGCGAGCACCUUCUCACCAUCUCCUCCUGUUUUCUUCACGUGUGCUGUAGAUAAAGAAAGAGAAAAAGGAGGUUGACAUUCUGAGUCAAAAUGGUGGACAGUCAAAGAUGCAGUGGUUGAAUCCUGAAAGAGAGAGAGAAAAGAGAUGGCGAAAUGAAGUUAUGGCAAGGCUGAACAAUUUGUAGAAAAUAUCUAAUUGUGGACAUUUUCUGACCAAUAUUGGGAUUGUGAUAAAACCCCAGCAUAAUCAGUCAAAUCACAAGUGGGCUAUUUGUUAUUAGGAGCUACACAGCUUUCCAUCUACUUUGAAUAACAGACUAACAGAGCAUGUCUUCACAGCCUAAAACUGGACAUCCAGAUUUAAAACUCAAGCGCUAGCGGCUAGCUAGUAACGCUCUGUCUGAAAAUUCUCAGCUAUUUAGAUAAUUUAUGUCCAUGAAGACACAAGACACAUGAAGCCAUAAUAAGUUGUAGUGAGUUAGCUAGCAUACUAUAAUGUUAAUUCUUUUUUUUUUUU